AUGUCCAAAGCAGACGGUGACCUGGACCGAGAAAGAGCAUAUGAUCUAAGAGUCCGACGACAAGUGAUAACGUCCAAAGCAGAUGGUGACCUGGACCGAGACCGAGCAUAUGAUCUAAGAGUCCGACGACAAGUGACAAUGUCCAAAGCAGAUGGUGACCGGGACCGAGAACGAGCAUAUGAUCUAAGAGUCCGACGACAAGUGACAACGUCCAAAGCAGAUGGCGACCUGGACCGCGACCGAGUAUAUGAUCUAAGAGUCCGACGACAAGUGACAAUGUCCAAAGCAGACGGUGACCUGGACCGAGACCGAGCAUAUGAUCUAACAGUCCGACAACAAGUGACAACGUCCAAAGUAGACGAUGGUGACCGGGACCGAGAACGAGCAUAUGAUCUAAGAGUCCGACGACAAGUGACAACGUCCAAAGCAGAUGGUGACCUGGACCGAGAACGUGCAUAUGAUCUAAGAGUCCGACGACAAGUGACAACGUCCAAAGCAGAUGGUGACCUGGACCGCAACCGAGCAUAUGAUCUAAGAGUCCGACGACAAGUGACAAUGUCCAAAGCAGACGGUGACUUGGACCGAGACCGAGCAUAUGAUCUAAGAGUCCGACGAAAAGUGACAAUGUCCAAAGUAGACGAUGGUGACCUGGACCGAGAACGAGCAUAUGAUCUAAGAGUCCGACGACAAGUGACAACAUCUAAAGCAGAUGGUGACCUGAACCAAGAACGAGCUUAUGAUCUAAGAGUCAGACGACAAGUGACAAAGUCAAAAGCAGAUGGUGACCUGGACCGCGACCGAGCAUAUGAUCUAAGAGUCCGACGACAAGUGACAAUGUCCAAAGCAGACGGUGACCUGGACCGAGACCGAGCAUAUGAUCUAAGAGUCCGACGACAAGUGACAAUGUCCAAAGCAGACGGUGACCUGGACCGAGACCGAGCAUAUGAUCUAAGAGUCCGACGAGAAGUGACAACGUCCAAAGCAGAUGGUGACCUGGACCGAGAACGAGCAUAUGAUCUAAGAGUCCGACGACAAGUGACAACGUCCAAAGCAGAUGGUGACAUGGACCGAGACCGAGCAUAUGAUCUAAGAGUCCGAUGA